AUGGCCAAGUUCUGGCUCGAUCUGCUGGCUUUCUGGUGCCGCGGCUUCCCGGGCGUCCUCAGGAACAAGGCUGGGGUGUUCUGCGGAAAAGACGAGUGCAAGUUCAGAAUGGCCAAGGGAGAGGGAGCCGUCGCCCUCCCUGGCACCUUCCAGGUGACCCCCGUGGAUUGGUUCAUUCGGAACUUGGGCCAGAUACUGACCCUGGGCAUGGGGGGUGUGAUACGGGCGCCCCUCAAGGAGUUCGAGCUCCUGGGGAUCGACUGUGACACCCUCAAGGCCCUCGAGUAUCUGUUCGGGAGGGAGGCUGUGACCUUUGAUGCGGUGAUGCGUUUUUUGAACCGGAGGGGCUACACGGCGUGCCUGACUGACCCGGAGCGUCACCUCGGCUGGACGAAAGUUACGACCGUCAUGAGGAGGGCUGACGGGGAAUUUUUGGGACCGGAGGAUGGUGAAGAAGACGGGCCUGGAAGGCCGUCUUUCAGAAAAUAUAUCAUUGUGAGUGGGGCUCUGCGCGCUGCCGGGGAGGACGCGUUGUGA